UUCACUGCGCCUGCGCGAGACGUCACCGUAUUUUUCUAGACGCAGCUGACGAUGUAAACAAGAAAAGACAGUCGAGGGCAACAGGGAUCAAAUAGGCCGGUGUCAACGCAAAUGAUAGCCAUUAUACGCUCGUAAACGGCUGACAUGGGGCUGCCCGUUACUAUUAAAGUCAAUUUUCGGGGGAACGUGAAGAGAUUCCUGGCUCAGGAUUUGGAUAAACUGGAGUGGGAAUCCGUUGAAGCCUGGAUAAAAGCAUCAUUUGGGAUCAACCACUUUCAAGUCAAAUACUUUGAUGAAGAUAAUGAAGAGAUUUGCAUAAACAGUCAAGAUGAAUAUGAAGAAGCCAUCAAGAGCGCAGAAAAGCAGGGGAACCAGCUGCACAUGAACGUGUACAAGAUGAAGGGGCAGGCCUGCGGAGGCCCGCUGAAGACGGAGGUGAAGGAGCUGAAAGGAGACCUCCGUCCGGCUCCUCCUUAUCCAUCCAGAGUUAAAACAGUGGACAAAGGCACACAGGUCACCCCAGAGCGAGAAGCUGUAACAGUGAAGGACAACAAGGGGAACAAACCAGAAGAUGAGCCGCCUCCUAUGUGGUUCAGAUCCUACAUGGAGAAGUUUAAAGAUGAAGUGGUGAAAGAAGUAGUGGAAAGGAUGUGCAGCGACUUUUCCGGCCAGUGUUGUACCCACAAGGCUUCUGACGGGCCCCUUGAGGCCGGUGGUGCUAUCGGCGGUCCUAUAGGGCCCAGGCCCGGCCCCUCCACCUCAAACGGAUCUCUCGGCUACACCCCAAACUGCAGCAGCUGCAACAAACUCACCUCUGAAGGGGCCUACAAGUGCAGCGUGUGCCCGUCCUGCAUCCUGUGUGAGAUGUGCAGACAUAGCCAUGACCCCAGCCACAACCUCGUGAGAACCAAGACUCCUCUCUCCAUCCCUGAGCAUGGCAUGUCGGGAGAGUUGAGGUUCCCACGGCGAGGAGACAGGACAGUGCGCAAGGCCGAGCGACAGCGCCUCAAAGCUGAACGGAGGCAGCUCAGAGCUGAAGUGAAGGAAAUCAAGAAGAAACUGAGACUGGAGAAGAGGGGGCUGCAGUGGAGCGGGCCCUCUACCUCAGGCAGAGCCAACCUGACAAACACGGCCUCGGCGUCCACCCAGGUCCCGGCCCUGCCCCCUCCUGCUGCCUCAGACACAGCCUCAGGUCCAGCCCCAGCCCAAGGUCCCAUCCCCGCCCCGGUCCCCGACCCCCAGGCCUCCAGUCCAGAGGGUCCCGGGGUCUCGCACACGUCCUUGGUGCCCACUAUGGCUGCGUUGUUUCUGGAUGAAAAUCUGCCGGACGGCACCCGUCUGGAGCCUGGAACCAAGUUCAUCAAAUACUGGAAGAUGAGGAACUCGGGCACUAUCAGCUGGACCUCAGAGACUAAGCUAGUGUUCAUGUGGGGGAACCUCGGCCUGGCGUCAGAGGAGAGGAGGGAGGUGCCGGUCCCCCUGUUGCUGCCCGGACAGGUGGGAGUGGUCAGUGUGGCCUUUGUGGCUCCCGUGAUGGAGGGGACGUACACCUCCCACUGGAGGCUGGCGCACUGCGGGUGUCAGUUCGGCCCGCGUGUCUGGUGCAGCAUCGUGGUCGACCCUGGCGACAACCGCAACACGCUCGGGCAUCAGAGCAAACGACUGAAGGAGGAUGUUAAAGCAGCAGAGAAGAAGAAGGAGGUAAGGCCUAAGGACGGCGGUCCUGGCUUCACUGUAGACCUGAACAAUGAAGACUUGUACUUCCCCUCAGUGGACCUGCUGACCGCACAGGAUCUGCUGUCAUUUGAGCUGCUGGAUAUAAAUAUUGUGCAGGAGCUGGAGAAGGUUCCUAACAACACUCCUGUGGCUCUGACGCCCUGCAUAUCCCCUCUGCCCCAUGAUGCACCACUGCUGGAGAAGGCCGUCUCUUCACAGAUGAAAGACGAUACAGAGGUGUCAGGGGUCAGAAAGCUUUUUGCAGGAGUGAAGCUGAGGCAGCAGAGGGAGCAGCCGGAGCCCGUGGCCCAUGAGGAGGACCGGGAGGAGGAGAUCAGCGGAGCUCAGUUCCUCUGUGAGACCGUCAUCCGCUCCCUCACAUUAGAGGAGGCUCCCGACCACAGACCCCUGCGCAGAGCUCAGCACAGCAGCCUUAAACCAAAGGUUGUCUCCCGGGGUCCCAGCUUUCGCUCUGUAGAUGUUGAGAAAACCGAGAGAGUGCAGGAUGGAAAGGAGAAGAUCUGUGCCAUCAGACUGGAGAGUUUAGCCCUGCCUCCAAACGCUGGUCUCAACCUGAUCAGCAGGGAGGAGGAAACAAGACCAGUUCUCUUGCUGGAGCCGGCAAAUGAAAACCUGCAGAUCAGUUCGCCUCCUGAUAAAGAGGAUGAAGAGGUCAUGGUUUUGAAUGAGAUGAAGAGCAUGAGGGAUGCCCAAGAGGAGAGAGGAAACAAAGGAGAAGACUGGGAGGAGGUCAGCAGCCAGACCUCCUCAGUCUCCUCUUGCGACGAUUACAUCAUCGUCCUCCCAGACUGCUUCGACACCAGCCGGCCUCUUGGCGAGUCCAUGUACAGCUCUGCCAUGUCACAGCCCGACACCAACGCUGCUGCUCUUGAGAGCUCAGCCAACCCAGAUGAAGAGAAAGAAGGAGAGUCAGAGGUCGAUGCGGCAGCUUCGCUGAGAGAGACACAGGAGGAGACGGAGGUGGAUGACGACGAUGACGAUACUCCUGUGAACACCUGGCUUCCAAUUCUCCCUCCAUCCAUCCACAGCAGUGUGAACCAGAUGCUGUGCGCUUCUCAAACUCUUGACGCCACCACGCUCACCCCGGAAGUGGUGCCACCUCCUGUGCUGCCUGAACCCCUGCUGCCUCCACCGGCCCUCUACUCACCCAGGUCUGAGGCACUGUACCUGGCUGAGGACCCCAGCCCUCCGGCCUGUGACCCAUAUGAGCCGCCCCAACCAAGGGUCCACCUAAAUGUAUCAUCUGGUGGUCUGUCGAGAUCAGCAGGCUCAGCAUCCAGUGCCUUUGAGACAUAUAACCCCAGACCCAGAUACGCUUUGCAGCCAAGGUGCAACACAACAAAAGAAGGCCAAGGAGGCAUCACAGAGGGAUUCGUCAAGGGGGCCCUUUCUGUGGCAGCGUCUGCUUAUAAAGCUCUCUUCACUGGACCAAACUGUUCAAUACAGCGAGGCAUCGACCCGGCCACCAGACAGGACCCUUCCAUGAUGGCGAUGCUGCUGGAGAUGGGCUUCAGAGACCAGCAGCUCAACCAGCGGCUGCUGAGGAAGCACAGCUACAGCCUGCUGCACACCGUCAACGAGCUGGUGCAGAUGGCCGAAGACAGCCAGAGCAAAGCUGUCAACACUCUGCACUGAAGGAAAAGCUACUCCUCUUUAAGGCUUUAAGAGUUGAAGAAGGAAUUUAUUAGAAUUUUAAACAUGAUUUAAAAAAAAUAUUUAGAUGAUGACCUGCGUAUCGCUCACCCUUUACAGCGUCUAGCUUUAUUUUGAAUUAUGUAAAGACAAAGGAAAUAUGAUUCAUGUGAUUUAAUGCUUUUCCAAAUUGGUAGUCUAUUUGGACAAAGAUUGAUAGAAAUUAGACAAAAGAGUUUAUUUAAAAAUGAAAAUAUAAAGAGGAGCAUUUAUUUCUGAAACACUUGAUUAGAAAAAAUGGCUUUCCCGCCUUUGCCUUUCCUUUAGCUUCAACAUUUUGCUGAAAUUAACCACACGCACACCUGUAAAUGACUAUGAAUAGCGGUGAACCUUUGCCAUGCCUUGUUUACCUGGCCCAUGAAGCCUUCUGUGUUGGUGUUACGCUGCGGUUGCUGUAGUUUCGACGGGACAAAAAGUGUGUAUUCCAGCUCUUCAUCUUCGUGUUUGUGUGGCUGUCGUAGCUGCUUCCUCGGCACUGAAACUCAUCGUCUUUUGAAAGGGCUUUGGCUAGUCGAAGUUACUAUUGUUGAAUGUCAUAAAAUGAUAGAAAUGUCCUGCAAAAGCCUGCUCUCGUUUGAGUCGAUGCUACUGGAGCUUCAUGGAUAUUCUGGGUGUCAAGGGUCAGCAGUGCAGUAGUAAGAAAAACAAGAUAAUUAAGACUUUUCUCGUAGUGAAAUCUGCCUAAACAAUGCAAUCUUUUUCUGUAUCAGAGUACUGUUAUUUUAGACGUUGACAUGUGGAAUGUAUACAAAACUGUCCGAGCGCAUCGCCGUUCGGACUCGGAUGUUUUCUACCGCUUUUUAGGAGACACCUGCAUGACAGGUAGAGGCUUUAGAGAUGAGUCGUGUUCUUGUGGUCUUAGCACAGUCAGUGGAAAUUAAAAAAAAGUCUGCUCUGCAUCAUUGUUUCUCUCUCCUGCCUGCAUUUUGUCCUCAUUCAGCCACAAAAAAUAAACCUAGCAACAGCCAUUUAGCACUAAUCCAAGCUGAGAUGUCUCAAACUACACAUUCCUCGAUCUCAUAGUGGAACCAAGUAUAUUUUACUUUCAUUACAUUGCCUUUUAGAAUGAUUUUAAGUUUACUGACAUACAUGUGGUGAUUUGACAUUUGUGGUGUGAGUGUGCAGGUUUAAGUUAACGUAUGCCUCUUUUACUUUCAUUUAUACCUUCUCUAUGUGUGCGGUUGAGGAGUUUUCAAACCAUAUUUUCAUAUGUUGAUUGUUCGUGUUGAAAAAAACUUGCUCUAGAGAAAACUUGUGACUAUAUCUACCACUGUAUGCUUGUCAAACUAUUCUUCUGCCACAGUGUAAACAUUGAAUACCCUUCAGCUGUCAGUCCGCCAAUAAACUAUUUGCACAUC